GUAAUCUUGAACUAAACUCAUAAGCAGUAAAUCAAUCGAAAAUUGAUUUUUCUUUCCAUCAUAUCACUUAUUUAUGCAACUCUUAAGUAACUACUACUAGACCAUGAAAAGUGUACAGAUUUCGAAUGCUGUAAAGGUGGAGAAUUUCAUAAAAUGGUUCGUCAGGACAUCAAAAAUUCCACUACAUUACUACGUCAUCCCAAUCCGAUUCGCACUCAAGAUUAGGCAGAUAACAAUUCAUUGAGGAGUUGCGAUGUCACGAAGAUGAGCACAAGUUUGGUAUAUGUUUGUCCUGUGGCUAAUUUCACUCACGUAAUUCAUGUGUAUUUCGUAAUGCUAAAUGCUUUAAAUGUUAUAAGACUGGACACAUUCAUUCAGUUUGUAAAACUUCUAUUCAUUUUGCUGCAAGUAAUACCAAAUUUUGUAAUUUCGAUCCUACUAACUUGAGUGUUUCAUUUAACUUUAUCUAUGAUUUCAAAAAGUAAUAUAAAGUCACAUAGCAGCCCAGAAUUAAAUGACACUCAGAAUCAUUGUGAGAUAAAAGUAUCUAAGCAACCAACUUCUUAUCGGAUUUCUCAUGUAAUUUUACCAGAUAUAGUUUGUUCUGACGAUUCACAUAUUUCUGAAGAAGUUUCUUAUAAAUCUAAAAAAAAUAAUGACUCAUUAUUCUCCAAUGACAUUUUUAAUAAAUUUGAGGAAAAUACUCCAGAAGUACCAAAUCCUGAUGAUGUCAUACCAAAUGUUAUUUGUUCUCAUAAUGCAUUUGAUUCUUGUAGGAAACUUGUUCAGUGCAAAGCACGAGCACUAAAUGAGCUCGAUUUCGGAUGAUUUCAUACCAAGUGUUGUUUCUCCUUACCAUGAGGUCACUUCUAAUGAAUACUCUAGUCAAUAUGAGAAGGAUAUGAAGAUCCAACAUUAUUUCGCGGGGGAGGAUAGUGUUGGAAAAUCUACGGUUCAAAUUCUAGAUAUCAACGGUUUCAGUACACAACCGACAUGGUGAUUGUAUACAAUUCCAGGACCUAGGUGAGUCCGUUCCGAUUUCAGUUGUUAAUUCGAAUACGAUUGGGCAUAUUUUAGAUCAUCCAGAGUCCACAUCCAAUACACAGUCUGACGGACAUAUGAUGAACCUAAGGAGAAGAGGUACAAUUGGUUGCAGAAAUUUGUAUUCCAUAUAAGCUAAGGCAGUUGUGGUGUUCGUAUAAACUAAUGAUUCCUUGGCACCUUAUGACUGCCUGAUUUCGAAUUCGAAGUAUAAUACAUUCGUUAUUACUCACCUAGUUCUCUUUGGUCUAAAUUGCGUUAUUUCGGGGAUUCCUAGUAUGUAUAGUAAUUCAAAUACUUCUAAUUAUCACACUAUUCCAGUAAUUUUCUGUAAAAUAUGGUAAUCUAUAUUUUUAUUCGUAACUGUCAAACCUUUUCGAUAAAAUAAAACAUAGUUCUGAUAAACUUAUCAUUAAAUUAUCUCAAUUGCAUCUGAAUUUUAUAGUAUAAUAAGUAUUUUAUACAUCUCAGUUGUUGUAUAUUUAAUAUAGCGAUUCACUCACUUCCAUAGUAGUAUUUAGAGAUAAAUUCUAUGAGAAAUACGAUUAAUACAAAAUAUCUGAAUAACGAAGUUGAGAUGGUGGAGAAGAUUUGUAGCCCAGGUAGAUGAUUUUGGUGGAGUUUUGUUCUCUGAGCUGGAUGGUUUGGUCGUGGAGCUUUCAUCGUUCUUCUGAACGAC